AAAUAUGCUCAUAAAGAUUUUUUUUUUCUUCUGAAAAUAAUCAUGUUAUUUUCCCUCUUAUGACAAAAAUAUGAAGGGUGAUUUUUUUCCACAACUUAUUCAGUUUUGUAAAAAUACCUUUUUUCCCUGUGUACUUUUGGUAAUUUUAGCAACAAAGAAUAUGAAAUAUUGACGGAAAAAAACAGAAUAAUUUUGGGUUGGUCGGAACCUUAUGGAUCCAAAAUAAAGUUAAGUAAAUAAAAUGUCAAAUCAAAUCAUAAACAUAAAGAAAACAAAACUUAAAAAGUACAAGAAAUGUAAAAGAGGAAAAUUACAGUAAAAACAAGGCUAAAAGCUAAAAGGUCAGUGAUGGUUCUGUGUCAGAUGUUUUUAAAGAAAGAAAUAUAAUAGACCAAGAAAUGUAUAAUGACAAAUAUGAAAAACAAAAUACAUAAUGGAAAAAUGAUGUUUUAAAACCCAAAGUAAAUCAAACGAUGACAUUUCUAAUAAAUCAAUCUUUCCCACCGUAACCACAUUUGCAGGUGAAUUAAUAUCAUUUAAAAAAUAAAUAAAAACGUUUAGAAAAAAUAUUCAGCGUUGACAAUAACAAGUGACGUCAUCACGGCGCGCCGGGCUUCAGAUCCUCAGCAGCUCCUGUGGACGCGGUGCGACCGUUCAACGACCGUAAACAAACGCUGCUGUCUGAGUUGAAACGUCCGGCCCCCCGCAGCGGGACGUCCCGCCGCUCGAGCCCCCGCACGCAGCCGCUCUCUGUAGCCGGCGUCGGGCGCUCCUGAGGCGGCCUGAGCUCCGGCGCUCCGUGCGCACCGAUGGAGGAGCUGCCGCAGCUGCCGCCUGAAGUCUGGGCGUACGUGUUCGGCUUCCUGAGCACGGAGGAGAAGCACUCGGUCCGCCGCUGCUGCCGCGCGCUCCGGAGCCUCGUCGACCACUCGUGCCUGUGGCGGCAGCACACGGUGCUGCUGUCCCACCUGCGCCGCUACACCUACGGCUUCUGGGCCACGCUGCGCCAGCGCAAGCUCACCCGGGUGGCGGUGCGACACCUGCGGCGCAAAGAGUGGCGGCGGCUCGUCAAGUUCCUGCCGUCGCUCACCGCCAUCGUGUUCAUGGACGGCGGGCGGCAGUACAAGCAGCGCUACCUGGACAAGCUGUCGCUGUUCCCCGAGCUGCGGGACAUCGGGGUGCGCAACGCCACCUGGGACGACGCGAUCCUGAGCCGCGCGCUGAGCGCGCAGCUGCGGGAGCGGCUCACCCACCUGAGCGUGUGCAACGUCCGGUUGCCCGCGACGCACGAGUUCGUCGACACCGCGUCGCAGCUGGUCAACCUGCGGUACCUGCUCUUCCACCAGCAGGGGGAGGACUACGGGCUGGACACGGCGAGGCCGGUGCCCUGCGGGAUCUUCCACAAGCUGCUGCUCAACCUGAACAAGCUGAAGCACCUGUCCUGGGGCAUGAGGGGGGAGCCGCCGGAGCCGCUGCCCGACGACUACCUCAGCCCCCGGGAGCCAGGAUCGAGCCGGUACGGCGGCCCGGCGCUGACCGACCUGGAGCUGGUGGACUACCCGGAGACCAUCCUGCCAGAGAACGCCCUGAGGAGCCUGACGUCGCUCCGGUCGCUGACCGUCCGCUACAGGUACAUCAGGGAGGGCGUCGAGUGUCGCCUCCCGUCCUGGCUCCGUCCUCUGCAGCAGCUGGAGACGCUCACAAUCAUCGGCGGUAAUUCUCUCGCCACUUACACGACCACCAUCCCGUCCAGCGUGACCAGACUGACGCUGCGCGUGGCCAUAACGCUGAAGGACAUGGACUCCAUCGCUCCCAAAGUCCCAGGACUCGAGCACCUGGACAUCGAGCAGAACCGCUCCAGCGGCAGCCUCUGCCGGCGGAUCCCCAUGUUGUUUCCUCAGCUCCGGACGCUCAGGAUACGGUUUUUCCGCAGGGAGCCAGAGAAGGACCUGCUGAGCCUCCACCGGCUGCGGCACCUGGUGCAGCUGGAGCUGCUGGUGGAGCGCUCCUUCAUCCUCAGGGAUUACCUGAACGGCCACCCCUGGCCCAGCCCCUGCGUGCGGGAGCUGAUCAGAGAGCUCCGAGAGCUGUCGCACAACCGGAUCACCGUGAUCACCACCAUGCGCCAGAGGAACCCCCUGCGGGAAUGUGACUGCGUGUGGGAGGGCGACUGAAGGGCCGCGGCGACGGGUGGUUUCCGUCCUCCUGAAGGGGAAGAAGACGGAGUUGGGAACGAAGUGAGGAAGACGCGACUUCCACUGUUGAUGGUUUUUCUGAUGAGGGAAGAGGUUCUUUGACGGGAACGUGAAUGAGACGUACUGAAGGUCGUUGGAUGCUGAACAUCACGAAUCUCAGGAAAGUGCCCGAAUAUAAUAACCAUGUGAUUCUGAAGUGAAGAUGAGAGCGGGGGUCCCGACAAACCGUUGCCUCGAAAACUCCGCUGGUGAAUUCCGGAAUCCCAGGAUGAACAUGAGCUGUAGAGCAAUCCAGCAAAUAUGUAUCGGGGACGAGACCCGCGGAACGGGAACUCUCCGAAAUGAAAUGAUCAAGUAAAAGCCGGCGUAACAGGCCAAAGUAUUCGGCCCCUCCACAGACUGUACCCGGGGAUUAAAGUGGAUGUCGGUUCACGUCACGCGUCCGUGAGUCGCUCACUGCAAGGGCUGACGGGAAAUUUAUGUAAUGAGCCCUUGGAACUCCAGCAGCCAGAUUGUUCGGCACAAUAACACUGCCCCCAUUCCCUGCCCACAUGCCGUUGUGUCCUUGGGCAAGACACUUAACCCUAACUUGCCUCUGACAGCUCUUCCGACAGUGUACGAAUGUGACAGAAAAAUGUGUGGUAAAUAGCAGCGCUGUAUGAAUAUGUGUGAAUGGGUGAAUGUGACUUUCCUCUAAAGCGCUUUGAGUCUAUAUGACUAGAAAAGCACUAUAUAAAUACAGUCCAUUUAACCCAGAACCGGGUGAUGAACAUUACCAAAUGUCCUGAGAAACAUCUGGAGAACCUUCUGGAGAUGAACAUUACCAAAUGUCUUGAGAAACAUCUGGAGAACCUUCUGGAGAUGAACAUUACCAAAUGUCUUGAGAAACAUCUGGAGAAACUUCUGGAGAUGAACAUUACCAAAUGUCUUGAGAAACAUCUGGAGAACCUUCUGGAGAUGAACAUUACCAAAUGUCUUGAGAAACAUCUGGAGAACCUUCUGGAGAUGAACAUUACCAAAUGUCUUGAGAAACAUCUGGAGAACCUUCUGGUAAUGAACAUUACCAAAUGUCACGAGAAACAUCUGGAGAACCUUCUGGAGAUGAACAUUACCAAAUGUCACGAGAAACAUCUGGAGAACCUUCUGGAGAUGAACAUUACCAAAUGUCACGAGAAACAUCUGGAGAACCUUCUGGAGAUGAACAUUACCAAAUGUCUUGAGAAACAUCUGGAGAACCUUCUGGAGAUGAACAUUACCAAAUGUCACGAGAAACAUCUGGAGAACCUUCUGGAGAUGAACAUUACCAAAUGUCACGAGAAACAUCUGGAGAACCUUCUGGAGAUGAACAUUACCAAAUGUCUUGAGAAACAUCUGGAGAACCUUCUGGAGAUGAACAUUACCAAAUGUCUUGAGAAACAUC